AUUAUAUGUUUUUUUUGUUGUUUUUCUUCUUGCUUCUUUGGACUUUGAUUUAUAUAUAUAUAUAUAUAUAUAUAUAAAUAAAUAUAUAUAGUCUAAAGUUGGAAGCUUUGUAUUCUUAUGUAUGAUGGUUGUGUGAAUUCUCAAGCUAAGCAAAGUCCUAUCUUUCACACCUUUCAAUCUCAAAACUAUGGGAAGAAGAAUCUAGGGUUUGACAGCACCAAGUCCAUCAAGGUCUGUGCUUUGGUGCUUUUUUUCUUUUUUUCUGUUUGAGUUUUUUUGUCACUGGAAAAUUGGGUCCAUUUAUUUUAAGGCAGAUAUGCUGCAAUCUCUUUGGCAGGCACUCUCAGUUGGUUCUGAUUAGCUGGGUCUUUUUUUAUUUUCAAAAAAUUAAACCUUUUUUUUUUUCAAGAACUGAAAUUUUGAAAUCCUUAGUUUUGUGGCUCAUUGUCUGGUGAAAAAUGGGAUUUUUUCCAUCUGGGUAUUUUUAUCUGCCAUAUAUGGCUGAAUGUCUGAUAUAUUUGUAUUAAAAUGGGAUCUUUUGUUAGUAUUCUGGUGUGCUUGGCUUAAUUCUGCCCACUCUGAUUUGGGGACUUAGUUUUUUUUGUUAAAAAAAAUAAAAAAAAUUAACUUUUGAUAGAUAGAGGCUAAUAUGGAAGAGGUUGAACAAGUUAACAAAGCAGCUGUUGAAAGCUGUCAUAGAGUUCUAAGUUUGUUGUCUCAGCCCCGGGAUCAGGUUCAGCAUAGGAAUUUAAUGGUAGAAACUGGGGAAGCUGUGGUGAGGUUCAAGAAAGUUGUUUCCUUGCUUCACAAUGGUUUGGGUCAUGCAAGAGUGAAGAAAUGUAAAAAACUUCAAGUCCCCUUUUCCCAAAGUAUCCUCUUAGACAACCCAAAUUGCCAAACCAAUCAUCACACAAAAAAUCUGCAGUUUCCCCAAAUCAGCUUUCCUGACAGUUCAUUUCAGGAACUGGCCUCAACAGUUAGAAAUUCACUCUCUCUAGGAAACCCAUCUUUGGAAUUGAGCUCCAGUGGGAAAAGUCCUCUUCACCUUACCCAACAAGCUUCAUCAACUCCCUAUCACUUCUUUCAGCAGCAGCAACAACAACAGCAGCAACAACAAAGGUUGUCGCUGCAACAGCAACAAAUGAAACAUCAAGCAGAAAUGAUGUUCCGAAGGAAUAAUAGUGGCAUAAGCCUGAAUUUUGACAGCACUAGCUGCACACCAACAAUGUCAUCUACUAGGUCUUUCAUUUCUUCCUUGAGCAUAGAUGGAAGUGUAGCUAACUUGGAUGGAAGUUCCUUUCAUUUAAUUGGAGCUCCACACUCUUCUGAUCAGAAUUCACAACAGCAUAAGAGAAAAUGUUCUGUCAGAGGUGAUGAGGGAAGCUUAAAAUGUGGGAGCAGUGCUAGAUGCCACUGCUCAAAGAAGAGGAAACAUAGAGUGAAGAGAUCAAUUAAGGUGCCUGCUAUCAGCAACAAACUUGCAGAUAUCCCUUCUGAUGAUUAUUCAUGGAGGAAGUACGGACAGAAGCCAAUCAAGGGCUCUCCUCACCCUAGGGGAUAUUAUAAGUGCAGCAGCAUGAGAGGCUGUCCUGCAAGGAAGCAUGUUGAGAGAUGCUUGGAAGAGCCUACCAUGCUAAUUGUUACCUAUGAAGGAGAGCAUAACCACCCUAAGUUACCAACACAAUCUGCAAAUGCAUGAACUACAUGGAGAGCUUAAACAAGAUCAAGCCCAGCAGUGUGAUUAGCUUGAGAUGCUGCUGUACAUAUUUUAAGUUAUGCAAGCAGGGGAUGUUCUUCUUGGCGCAGAUUUUGUCUUUUGGAUAGUUUGGCUAAUUUAGGGGAUGAAAAUCACUGAUUAAAUGAAGAAAUGUGUAAAAUUGGGUAGUUUCAAUUCGGAAGAACUAUUUUGUCUUUCUUUAGCUGUUAUAAACAUUUCAGGGUUUUCUAAAUGAAUCAAAAGACUUAAAAAAAUGUUAAAAGUUCUUUCAAUUUAGUUCUCCCAGACAAGUU